AUGUUCCAUGGAUUGCCAAGUGAAGACCCCAUUGACCACCUUGAUGAGUUUGAUAGGCUUUGUGAUUUGACAAAGAUCAAUGGUGUCUCUGAAGAUGCCAUCAAGCUGAGACUCUUUCCUAUGUCUCUAGCUGACAAAGCUCACCAAUGGGAGAAGAGCUUGCCCCAUGGCACAAUCACCACUUGGGAUGAAUGCAAGAAGGCCUUUCUUGCUAAGUUUUUCUCCACCGGUCGCACAGCCAAGCUUAGAGGAGAGAUAUCCAGCUUCAUCCAGCGAAACAAUGAGACAUUCGCAGAGGCUUGGGAGAGGUUCAAAGGCUACACAAGUCAGUGCCCACACCAUGGAUUCAACAAUGAAUCACUACUCUCCACUCUUUAUAGAGGAUGCUUGCCUAGGUAUAGGGAGAUGCUAGACACAGCUAGCAAUGGGAACUUCCUCAACCAGGAUGUAGAUGAUGGCUGGCAACUUGUGGAGAACAUGGCCAUAUCAACAGAAUGCUAUGGAGAGCACUAUGAAAGUACAGACUGGAGCUCGACCGCGCACUCGAUCGAGCUGGAGCUCAGAUGA